GACCGCGGCCGGGGUCGAGGAGGCCGCUUUGGGUCACGUGGAGGGCUCGUUCAGGGGUAUCGUCCAUUUGUUCCACACAUCCCAUUUGAUUUUUAUGUGUGUGAGAUGGCCUUCCCCAGAGUGAAGCCUGCACCUGAUGAGAGUGCGUUCAGCGAGUGUCUGCUGAAGAGAAAUCAAGACCUGAGUCCCACAUCUACGGAGCAGUCCUCCAUCUUGUCUCUGGUCACCAAGAUCAACAAUGUCAUCGAUAACCUGAUUGUUGCCCCUGGUAAUUUUGAAGUGCAAAUUGAGGAGGUGCGUCAGGUGGGCUCCUACAAGAAGGGUACCAUGACAACCGGCCACAAUGUUGCCGACCUUGUUGUGAUGCUCAAGAUUCUUCCAACUUUGGAGGCUGUUGCGGCUCUGGGCAACAAAGUAGUGGAGACUCUUCGCACCCAGGACCCUACAGAAGUGCUGUCCAUGCUGACCAAUGAGACCGGCUUUGAGAUCAGCUCAGCGGAUGCGACCGUCAAGAUCCUCAUCACGACUGUGCCUCCCAACCUGCGCAAACUGGACCCUGAGCUGCACUUGGACAUUAAGGUACUGCAGAGCGCCCUGGCCGCCAUCCGCCACGCUCGCUGGUUUGAGGAAAACGCUUCUCAAUCCACGGUUAAAGUGUUGAUCCGCCUUCUGAAGGACCUCAGGCUGCGUUUUACUGGCUUAGAGCCUCUUACACCUUGGAUUUUGGACUUGUUGGGGCACUCUGCUGUUAUGAACAAUCCGUCCAGGCAGCCGCUGUCCCUAAAUGUGGCUUACAGGCGCUGCCUGCAGAUGCUGGCCGCCGGUCUCUUCCUGCCCGGCUCGGUGGGCAUCACCGACCCCUGCGAGAGCGGAAAUUUCCGCGUGCACACAGUCAUGACUCUAGAACAGCAGGACAUGGUGUGCUACACGGCUCAGACACUGGUGAGGGUCCUUUCACACGGAGGUUUCCGAAAGAUCCUCGGACUUGACGGAGACGCUAGCUAUCUGGCUACGGAGAUGUCCACUUGGGACGGUGUGAUCGUCACCCCUUCAGAAAAAGCCUAUGAGAAGCCCCCAGAAAAGAAAGAGGAAGAGGAUGAGGCUCUGGAGGAGGGAGGGGAUGGAGGAGAUGCAGAGGAUGACAGCAUGGAGACCCAGGAGUGA